AUGUGUCCUGCCGGGCGGGCGGCGUGCCGUGUCCGCGCUCCCGAAACUGCCCCUCCCCCUCUCUCACACCUCGAAAGCAAAAGGGCGGAGCGGGGGCCCCCGGGGACGAGCAAAUUAUUUUUGUUGCGAGGGCGCGUCUCCUUCCUCCUCUCCGUGCGAGGCAGCGGCGACGGCGAGCGGACCGGAACAGCACAUCGCCGGCUCUACAUCAAUGGCGUCCACCUCCCUCCUCGGCUGCGCAGUUCUCGCUCUUCUCUGACGAGCGCGGGAGCUUCCUCUGACCCGAGCAACGACACCGUGCGGGAGCUUCCUCUGUCCAGUGACCAGUUCCUGGCUUCGCCGGCGAUGGAGGCCUACUCGAGGGACCUGCUGCGCGGCGUCGGCGGGGGAGGCGAGGCCGGUCGCGGCGAGGAGAAGCCGGGGCGCCUGGAUUCGCAGACCGAGGAGGUCGAGCUUAGCCUCGGCCUGUCGCUCGGGGGCCGAUUCGGGCAGGAGAGGAGGAGGGGCGAGGGGCUCGCCAGGUCCUCCUCCGUCGCCUGCAUCCAGCAGGUGGCGCUGGCGCCGCCCGCGCUCCCCAGGACACACUCCCUGCCGCCUAUGGCGGAGGCGGAGGCGGGGAACACCACCGCUUCCCCUAGGAGCGGCGCUGAGGUCCAGCCGCAGGGGAGUGGUGCCCCUCUGAACGGCGCCGUGGUGGAGCCCGCAGCUUUGCCACGGGCGAGCUUGAGCCCCCCGUCCACAGGCUCGUCGGACGGCGAAGGGAAGCUGCGGGCGAGCUUGAGCCCCCCGUCCACAGGCUCGUCGGCCGGCGACGGUAUCCUCACGAGGACAAGUUCACUCCCUGCUGGCAUCGAGGAUGGGUGGAGGAAGAGGAAGCUAGCAGAAACUCUGAACAAACUCGAGAUGAAGAGGAGGAUUGAGAGGAUGAACUCUUCCAACGUUUCUGUAGGGGAAGUUGGAGAGAACGCGGAUGAGAUGAGUGAGCAGGCAGGAGGAAAGCAAAAAGCACAGAGAAUGAACCAUAGCAAUGUGAGGCGUCGCUUGAGUGGGCUUCCUCCACCGUAUCAGCCUCCAGCUGCAUCACAAGGUCCGAAAAGGAAUUCCGCUUUGAAAGGAACUCCUGGCGCUCUAGAGCGGAGCCUGUCAUCGGCUGUUCUGCCCUCGUCUGAGGGUGCAAACAGCGGCGCCGUGACAACCCCUUCAUCUUCAGCAUUGGCGGUGAGAGCAGCAGCCCCUGGCAUCUCCACAGGGGAGCAGCGGGAUGAUUCAGAAAGGCCGGCGGCGAGAGCUACUAGGACCAGGAGCGUGGCAGACAUGGUGCGGAAGAUGCCAGUGGUGUACACCAGCGGGCUCCCCAACGGCGAGAGGAUCGACGGCUUCCUGUACCAGUACAGCAGAGCUGAGGAGGUGAGGAUUGUGUGUGUGUGCCAUGGUAGCUUCCUGACUCCGGCGGAGUUUGUGGCGCAUGCCGGAGGCGGCGAAGUCGCCCACCCGAUGAGGCACAUCGUCGUCAACCCCCCGUCGUCUUCGCUCUAG